UUAAAUUGUAAUUUUAGUUUAUCAACAGCAUAAAUGAGUGAUCAUAACAGUGAAGAAUCAAGUGAAAUUGACGAAGAUUUAGUUGAUAACAUUUUUGCCAAUGAAGUAAGGGAAGCCAGAAUAUUUGUAUCCAUGCUCGCUCAAAAUAGAGAUAAAGUCAUAAGAUAUUUGAUUUCAUCAGAGCCUCGGGAUAUAAUAGUAGAUGCUCUAGCAGAUGCUCCAGCAGAUGCUCCAGCAGAUGCUCCAGCAGAUGCUCCAGCAAAUGCUCCAGCAAAUACUCCAGCAGAUACUCCAGCAAGUCCUAAUACUGAUUCACCAAUGUCUCAUCUAUUGACUUCAGAAUCUGCUCCUAACACACCAAGGCAGGUUCAAAUCCCUUCGACACCAAGAAGGCACUCAGGAAGUGCUUUUACCUUAGUAACUCCUUCUCGCCCUUACUUCUCCGCACCUCCAGCCCCUCCCCCACGUCCACUUAAUCCCACACCUCCACCUAGUACCACACCUCCACCUCGUCCCACACCCCCACCUCGUCCCACACCCCCUCCAAGUCACAGUAAUCAAAGGAGGGAAUUCACAACCCGCAUGAAUAAUUACCGAAGACAGAUCAGGAGCAUGAUUCAAACUACCACGACUUACUGUGACUGGUGUGUCCAGCAGAUCUACAGGGAGAAUCAGAAGAGGAUUGGCCAAUUUAGGAAAAGAAUGCUCAGAUGUAUCAAUGAGAUAUACAGAAAAGUCGAUUCAGCUUUUAACUCAAUUACAGGACAUAAUUCUGGAGGACACGGCUCUUGAAGAUUUGAGGCAAAUCAGGAACCAGAUUGCUUCAGAAGUCCUUCUCCUCGUCAUAAUUCUUCUCCCUCAAAUCCGGUUGAUAAAUCCAGAAGAUCUCCUGAAAGAAGGGAAGCUCUUAAUAACAGGAUUAGAGAACGUGAAACUAGAAGAAGAGAAGAAUCAAAGGAGAGAGCUUCUAGAAGAGAAACUCCACUAAGGCGUAACUAUAAAAGAGAAACUUCAGAAAAUAGCACUCAGACUGAAGACUUUCUAGAGAUACUUUCCGGAGUAAGAACUGCACUUCUGGACGAACAAUUUUUUAUCUCGAGAAGAGCCUUAUUUAUAUACACACUGGAAGCGAUCAAAACCAUUAUGAGGGCAUGGGAUCCAGACAAAUACAAGCACACUCUAAUACCUGAUGAGGAAGCUUACAACCUAGUUGUUUGUUCUCUACGAGAAAAUGAACAAUCAAGAUGGUUCCUUGGUCAAUGGACAUCAAAAUAAUUUACCAGAUGAUUUGGAUAUUUUUAGUAGAAACAGACCAAGAGAUAGAGAAAUUAGCGUCUUUCUGGAUUGAUUAAUAGACUGUGUAGGGUCUUAUCUGAGAAGCACAAUAAGAUCUUCGAACUCUGAUGGAGAAGAUCAAGAUAAAGAAGGGGAACAAUAAUCCUGACUUAAAAUAGACAAUUAUUUU